GGCGGCCGCCGGGGCCUGUGCGCUCGCGUCUGCGCUUCCUGCUCGCUGCUUCUUUCGGCGGAGGCUCCUCGGCGAAGAGGUAGAAGAAGAGCCGAGCCGGCGCUGCCCCUUGCUCUUCGCCUGCGCUGGGAGCACCGAGUCGGGCCGGCGGGAGGGGGCGCGGAAAGAGAGAGCGGCGGAGGGAGAGAGAGCGGAGCCCAGGCAGCGCAGCUUCCUCUCUCCAAGCGGGCCGCCAUGUCGGACGGCGAGAAGCUCAAUUUGGAUUCCAUCAUCGGGCGCCUCCUGGAAGGUGAGCCGCGGGGGCCGGGCGCGCAGCGGGCGGGGGGGGACGACCCUUGCCAUUGGCUCCGGCGCCGCCGCCCCGCAUGGAGAAUUGCGCGCGGGGCUGGACUGGGCUGCUGGAGAUUCCCGAUCGCCCUCCUGCUCCUCUCCCCGCGAUGGAAUGCGCGGCGGAGGAGGCGCCCCCGCUCACGCUGCUGCUUCAUCCUCCGCUGCGAACGCGCGUGGCGGCGAGAAAUCCGCGCAGACCCCUGUACUAGCUUUGCACCCACGCACGCAACAGCCACUUUUGCGGGGGGGGGGGAGAUGUCUGGUGUGAGUGCUGAACCAUUCUCCUUUGUCUCUUUUUUGGGGGGGGAUGUUCCUAUUAGGUAUAUCACCAGGGUAAGUUUUGCGUGGAUUCAGUGCUCCACACACUUCCUUCUCCCUCCCCCCGUCCACUCCUGUGAAACUCGUAACUCAGGCUGCUCCCUCCCCCCCACAAAGUGAGGCUCUGGCGUGAACUUCCGUGGAGGAAGCGGGGCUGUUAACGCGCCGCAGGGAGGGUCGGGUGACUAGAACUGAAUGCAGUAAGACAGCCGUGAUCUCGCGUGGGCGCCCUCGGACUCAACUCGGAGCUUCCCCGCUCCGCGAAAUCGCUGCUGCCCUCUUUUUGCCGGGUGCGGCUCCCUCCUCGCGGCUUCCCGCUAGGCGAGGCCUGGAUAAGGACGGCGGAUUUCUGAAUCCGAAGCGGGCAACUAGCAGGAUGGAGGCUCGGCGAGGGGAAUUGGGGGCGGCGGCGCCUCCAGAAGGGCGUGUAGACGCCCGUGGGAUUUCCUUGCGCCCGCGUGUCGGGCGGGGGAGCGCCCCUCGCGACGUAAUGCGAACAAUGACGGCGAUGGAACCCUAUUGAGCGAUUGGGCAAGCAUGGCGAGCGUGGGAACCGUGCCGCCCCGAUGCUCCGCAGGCGCCGGCGAGGGGAGAGGGAGGCGCUGUUCCUCUUUACGGGGAAAUAGCGUUGCUUUUUGGCUCGGCUUUGUGGGCGGGGUGGAGCGCAGGUGUCGGCCCACCUCCCCCUCGGCGACGGUCAGGACCUGGGAGCGGAGCCCGGCGGGGCGGGGCGGAUUCCUGUCCGCUCUCGCAGGCGGCUACUGUAGCCUUGGAUCCGCGACCAGAGGCCCCCGAAAGGGGCUUGUCCCUAGCAAACCUCUCCACUUCUUCUCAGGUGGAUCUGGCCAAGAAUCUAGAUGGGGCAUUGCGCUGGCAAAAACCCCCAGGAAGAAACUAACGGCCCGAAGCCUCAGCAUGUUUACUUGAGAGUAGGGCCCACUGAAUUCAGCAGUUGGGGAAGACUGGGGUUGUAACCAGUCCAGGGAAAGUGCUGUGUUUUUCCUGGCCAGCUAGAUGUACACCUGUGCUGGUGCGAUGAGAUUUCAGUUUGGCUGGGACUAUCCUGAACCACUUCCUUGUAAGGUAGGACGCUUCUGUUCCUGUUGCCCAACUAGAGGAUAGAAGCUGAAAGAAAGCAGCAGUGUACACAAGAACAGGCAGUCAGAGUUAAGCUUGCUUGGGUUUGCCCAGCAGGCCUUCACCUGGCAUAGUAGUAUUAGUCAGCAUUGGUUACUCAUAGGAACAUAAGAAACUGCCUUGUACGGAGUCGGACCAUCAGUUCAUCUAGCUCUCAGAUUGUCUCCACCAACUGGAAGCAGCUCUUUUGGGUUCCCUGGAGAUGCCAGGAGUUGAACAUGGGAUCUUUUGCAAUCAAAGCUGAUGCUCUGCUUGCGAUGUGGGUUUAAUGAGAAAAAUAAAAUUAAAAAUAUUGCACACACACUGUGCAUAUUAGGAAAAAACACAUCGGGACAUUUCUAGAGGCCUUUAAACAGCAUGUUUAUUUAGUUGCAUUUAGUAAUCAGAAGUAUUUAAAAACAAAAACCUCCCAAGUUUGCCUAAUAUUUGGGAUCCAAUCCUUAUUACUGGUGGCCUUAUGAAAGUUCCUUUGUAACUAUUAUAAAAUUGAGUUGUCUGCACCAGCCUAUUCCAGAUGGUGGUGGGGCUUUCUGGUAGCAUAGCUGCAAUUCCAAAGCUCUAGGUUUUCACAUGCCAGCGCCGUGUACUGAUCCUGCUUGUUUUGCUCUGCUGCUCUUGUCCCCAUGAGCAUGGCUAAAGGUGGUGAAUUCCUUUAAAAAGUAGCCACCUGCAUUUUUGAGAUUUUUGGACUCCUCCUAGUGUCUUGUAAUGCUUCUGUACCAGAGGGUAUAGGUCAGACUGGCAACAGACUUGCGGGGAGGGGUGGGAGCAGGAAAACUACCAGCCUCAUGUCUGGCAAUGAGUAACGUAGGUACUGGAACAGAAGUCCCGCUAAAGUAAAUAAUGCAGGUGUGGUGCAGCUUUAGGCCUUCUAAUGUGAUAAGCGAAGGUUUCCAAUACUAGCCUCUUGAGGCACUUAUAUAUUGGUGGACUUCAAGGGAGCUGGCUUCGCAUGUCCUGCCCAAUUCUCCUUGCCAUCCCAAAGUCAAGAAUGCAGCUCUGCCUCUGGUGACGCGACAAUCUCCAUGGCAUGGAGAGGAAGUAAAUUUGGACAGGGCACCAGGACUGUUUCCAGAGAGGAGAGCACUGGGAAUGUCUCUGUGAAGGAGGUGCGAGUGGGGAAGACUGGCGUUUACGAAGGAUGGGGCGGCAUGUGUUGCAGAUGUCAGAUGGCAUGUUUUGGUUUUCCAGUGCAAGGCUCGCGCCCGGGCAAGAAUGUGCAGCUGACAGAAAACGAGAUUCGGGGCCUGUGCCUGAAGUCGCGAGAAAUCUUCUUGAGCCAGCCCAUCCUGUUGGAGCUGGAAGCCCCGCUCAAGAUUUGCGGUAAGUUUCCAACCUACUGUUUAGUACAGCUGUCAGCCUAUAAUUGCUCAAGCGGGAUAAAUCUGAAAUGCAUCUCAAUAUUUUGGUAAACUGGGAAUACCUAUAUCCCCCUCCCCACGAGUGGCUUUUGUUCAUCAUACUUUUAUUCAAUCUGUGGUGUUUACAUUCAUGUAUGUAUGUAUUCGUUAAGUUCUGCCACAUCUGUACUGUUUUUGGAGAUGGGUGGUAAGUUAAUGCUAUUGCUGCUGCCUCAGCCAAGGUCCUAUGCUAGUGGGGCACUGGCCCAUGGCCCAGGUGGUUUGAGAGGCCCACAGACCUCCCCUCCAAGACUGCAAUCUGCCUGCUCACUCUGUAGGUCACUUAACCUCGCCCCUGUCUGCCAGUGAUGAACCUUCAUCUGAUUCCCUGUUCAUUUUGGUUUCAGGCAAGUUGACAUUAGGAAGGGGCAAAAGUCACAGGGAGGUGUGAAUUAAAAGUGGCAGAAGUCAGAAGAAAGUGAGCAAAAUGAAAAGGAAAGUGAGAGGGAGACAGGCAAUAUCAGCAGGUGAAAGGAAGUAGAAGGAGGGGAGAAGAUGAAGAAAGGAGGACAGUAAUAUUUGAGAACGUAAAGAAGCAGAGAGGAAGAGGUAAGGGGUGGGGCUAAGAGUGGAGAAGGGGUGGGGCAUGAGGACAUGGAGAGGACAAAGGGGUUCACUGGUACCCUGUGCAUAAGACCUCAGUAACCUGGACCUGGACCUGUGCCGCCGCCUCUUCCUUAGAAACACCUCAGACCCUUGCAGCUGAGAGGAGGAAAGAGGAUCAUCUGCAUUUGUACCCUUCUUGGUCUCUUGCUCUCUCCCCUGCUCAGAAAAAGAGCUGUGUUAUGAUCCGUCAUACAUUUCCAACAGUUCCAUCAGCGCUCCUCUUCUGUUAUCAACUGCCCCCUCCCCUUUUCCAGGUGACAUCCACGGGCAGUACUAUGACCUGCUCCGACUCUUUGAAUACGGGGGCUUCCCCCCAGAGAGCAACUACCUCUUCUUGGGUGACUACGUGGACCGAGGGAAGCAGUCGCUGGAGACAAUCUGCCUGCUCUUGGCCUACAAGAUUAAAUACCCUGAGAACUUCUUCCUGCUGCGGGGGAACCACGAGUGUGCCAGCAUCAACCGCAUCUAUGGCUUUUAUGAUGAAUGUGAGUGCAAGGCUCCUAUUUAGAACUGUGGGUAUGCAAGUGUGGAGGGUGGAGAGAGGAUAGGGAUGGGGAACCAGAGGACCGGGGUCUAAAUGUGGCCCUCCUAACCUGUCAAUCUAGCCCCCCAGCAUCCGUCUGUCCUUACUGGGAUGCUCUUCUUUCUCUUCCUUCCCCCUGACCCUAGCCCCCUACAUUGCAGGAGCAUGGCUCCUCAAAAUAGCCCCUUCUUUCUCUUUCUUUCUCUCUCUCUCUCUCUCCUUGCUAACGUUUCCCGAUCCCCCCACUUUUUGCAGGUAAAAGGCGCUAUAACAUCAAACUGUGGAAGACCUUCACGGACUGCUUCAACUGCCUGCCUAUCGCUGCCAUCGUCGAUGAGAAGAUCUUCUGCUGCCAUGGAGGUGGGCCAGCCCCAGAAAAGAUGGGGAUUGGGUUGGAGGGGAGAAAAUGCUGCUCCUGCUGCCUGGUGGCAGACACUGGCGACUGUGUUUGCGUGGCCUGUCCCAGGUGGUUUGCAACCAGCAGUGUCUCUGGCAAAGAACAAAAGCUGCUGCAGCCACAGGCCGUGGGAGCAACCUACCUUGGAAUUAGGUGCCUUGGCACAUGGUGAGCUGGCGCUCUUCCUCGGGGAGCGGGCAGAAUAAAAGCCCGGGGAAAUGUUUACACGAAUGGGAAGAAGGUCAAGACUUUUUACAAGGGUUUCAUCAUUUAUUCAUUUGUUUUUACUGUGGAGUUUGGAGCGAAGGCUUUCCCCAGGUCUCUUUUGGCCCACUGGGAGAGCAUCAGUUCAGCGCGUGUUUGGCAGGGGUGGAUAGGAUUCGGGCUUGCAGGAUUUGUUUUGUUUGUUUAUCGGCACCAUAAAAUUCAGUAACUGGAGGCAGGUGGACAAUAGUGGCUGCUGGCAGAGGCAGCUGCCUCCUCCACCCAGCGAGCUCCAUAUUCUGUGACCUGCAUAGACAAGUACACAUUUGCAGCUGGGUUGCUCCAGAUAAGGGAGUCCAACACACGGGUUUAAAACCAUCCAACAGAGCUGCACAGACCUGGUUGAUGGCAACCAGUUAUUACUUAUAUUUUAUAGGUGAGGAGCACGGAGGCUGAGAGACUAGCAAUUAGUAGAAGGCCAGGCAUGGAGGAGACUUUAAAAAAGAAGAACUUGCAGCUUUAAGGAACUGUGUGCAAUCCUAAGCAUAUUUAGGGAAAUAGGAUGCCAAGGAUUGAACCUGCUGCUCUACCUACCACUGAGCUAAGGAUUGCUGUGGCUGAAAUAUAUACAACUUGUCCAUGGAUCAGGCAUGUAGGUUUGCAAACAGCUGCAGCCCCUCUUUUUUUUUCGUGCCGUUUGUAAAUAAUGAGGAAUUGGAAACCACCAUUGAUCCUUACAAAUCAUCCAAAAAUUUAUCAGGCUACCUUCUGCGCACUCAUGCUGUAGAAUACUUAAUUCCAUUUAGCUUUUCUUUCUCUGUAAUUUCCUGAUACUGCUUCUUUUUUCCUUCUUGCAAUGUGUCAAGACACAAAGUAGCAGUUGGGGUUAGUUAAGGGAAGAGUAUGUGUAGAGGGGCAGGCCCAGCCCUAUCAUUAGGCAGAGUCAGGAGGCUGCCAUGGGGAGAUGAUACUGGGUGAUGUAAAAGGGCAGCAAAUGGCUGUUUUGCUUUAUUAAUAUUUUUAACUGUAGGAGAAGUUUGUGUAAUUUUUCUGCCUUGGGCGCCAGAAUAACUUGGCUGGCCUUGGAUACUAUAUGCCUUGACUCAAGGAGGGGGUGGGUGCCAUUCGCUGCUCUGCCUCAGGCAGCAAAAUGGCUUGAGCUGGCCCUGGCAGAGGGUAUAAACUUGGCACAACUCCCCUCCCCACCUGCUGUCCCUUGGCAGCAUUGACAGUAUGUAUACCUUGUUUUCCAGGGCUCUCGCCUGACCUCCAGUCCAUGGAACAGAUUCGGCGGAUCAUGAGGCCCACGGAUGUCCCUGACCAGGGCCUGCUCUGUGACUUGCUGUGGUCUGAUCCUGACAAAGACGUGCAGGGCUGGGGCGAGAAUGACCGUGGGGUCUCCUUCACCUUUGGCUCAGAAGUUGUCGCCAAAUUCCUUCACAAGCACGACCUGGACUUGAUCUGCCGAGCGCACCAGGUUGGGGCACUGAGGCCGCCCUGGAAGAAGGGAGGGUGUCUGUGCCUGGGCUGUGGGAGUGGGAACAGGAGAAGAGCCCUGCUGCGUCAGUCAAGGGCCCAUCUAACCUGGCCCAGGGGAACUACAAGCAGGACAUGGGGAAUAUGUACAUACUAUGCCUGCUUCACGGUUAAUUCUCUGCCCUCUCCCUCUGUUUCUCUUUGCCUUCCCUCUCCAAUAGGUGGUAGAAGAUGGCUAUGAGUUUUUUGCCAAACGGCAGUUGGUGACCCUCUUUUCUGCCCCGAACUACUGUGGGGAGUUUGAUAAUGCAGGUGCAAUGAUGAGUGUUGACGAGACUCUUAUGUGCUCCUUCCAGGUAAAGACUAUUGAGCAUAGCAGUUUCCUCUUUUCCUGUUGCCAGUACUCUACCCACUUCUGAUAGUGUGCGGGUUGUAAAGGAGGAUAGAAGCCUUAAAAAAAAAUAGAGGCAGAUUUUUUGGUGAUCCACUAUCCUGAUGCUGGAUGCCACAUAAGAUGUGUGGGACCUCAGGAUAUGAACACCCCUCUUUUGAUUUUAAAUGUAUCAUAUAAAUUAUCGGUCCUAUUUCAAAAUGGUUUUCUGUAUGCUGAAUCGCUUAUCAGGAUAGGUUUCUGUACAAACGUGAACUGGAAUGCCCAAAUAACCAGCCUUCUGGGGCUACAGUAAUUUAUUUUUUAAUGUGAAACUUGUUUACAUUCUUCCAUUGGGAGCUCUUCCAGUUAGCUUUUGCCCAGUGCUCUUCUAGAGCUCUCUGCUAUUUUUAACUAGGAAAAAAAUCCCAAAGCCACAGGGUGAUAUAAUAUGUAUGGAAGAAAUUCAGUGUUGUGCUCUUCUAAUUGUUCCAUCAGCACAAAUACCCCUAGGUGCUGUCUUGAGGGGAGAAGGGAGAAUGGGAUAUAAAAACCCCACCGAGGCAGCUUUUACAGUACAUUUUAUUUAUUUAUGUACAUGAAAUACAAUUACCUUAAAACGAUAGUAUAAAAGUGAUCAUGAAACAGUUAAAAGAACAAUAAAUAGAUGAAUUAACACUGUAUUUUAGCUUAAAAGAUUUAAAAAUUAUGCCAGAAUUAGCAGUAUCAAAAAGCUACCAAGAAAGAAAACAUGUAUUGAAAUAGAUUAGGUCUUAAGGCCUGUUUAAAGACCUGGAUUUAAGUGCUAAAAAUCUGACUUAAGAGGGCUUCAGUCCUUGUUUUGUUGCUUUGAUUAUUUAGCAACUGAACGAAAGGUAAAAUGGGGUUGUGGGUUGCAAUGAGACACUAAACUUUUACCCUGAAACUAAUCUUUUCUCUCCUAUCCCCUUCCCCACCCCUCAUUUCUUGAAUUCUACAGAUCCUGAAACCGGCUGACAAGAAUAAGGGCAAAUAUGGCCAGUUCAGUGGAUUGAACCCUGGUGGGCGCCCAAUCACUCCGCCACGCAACUCUGCCAAAGCCAAGAAGUAACUAGCCCUGCCUGCCCCCCUAGCUGUAGGUGUGGGGCCCAGGCUGUCUUGCGUAGCGGUUACAGUGUACAGCGGCUGCUUACCUCCCCAGGGCCCAGCCAUGUAAUUUUUUUAAAGAAAACGGCUGAAUAAGAAUUCAAUACCAAAAAUUCUGCUCCCCUGGGAUUGGGGAUGUCUUUAUUUUUGGGGGUAUUUUUGAUUGACUUUUUUGCCAACUUUGUCCAGAUGUGUGCUCCCCCCUUUCCCCCACGGGGGGUUACUACAUCUUUUUGAAUAAACAUGUAAGAUUCUUAUG